AUGUCUAAAAAGAAACUGAAGAAGUUAACUGGAAAGGAAGACUGUUUGGAUGGCCGGGAUGACAAAAACUCUGAAGACGCGAGAUCUUAUAACCAUACUAUGAAAAGAGAGUCAGAAUUUGAGAGAUUCAGACUAGAGAAAGAUGAGCACGAAAAGAAGCGAAACCAAAGUUCGAAGAUUUCUCCUGGCGCUGAUGGAAGAUCCCAAGGAAAAUCUCCAAGCAGAAGCAAAACCACAGACAGUUCUUUAAUCCAAACUGAGAAGCAAAAGAGAAUAGUUAUACAUUUUAAAGCCAAAGAAAUUAAACAUGGAAAAAGUACCCGCACUCCUGAGGUAGUGACUGCUAGCAGCGAAAGCCGUAACAAAAGUCGUUUUGAUGGAGAAGAAGGAAGAAGACUCUGGCAUAGCUUUGCAGUUCAGAGGGACAAGGCCAUGAAGAAGAAGGCAGAGAAAGCUCAACUCUGCAAACCAAAGUUAAAAGCAGAACAAACUGUGUUGGAAAAAUGUAAGUCGUCUGCGCACAGUUUGCGUGUACCCCAUAAAAAGGCAGACGGAUCAAAAAAACGGAGUGAGGAUGUCAGAAUUCCAGAAAAGCCACCUGACGCCUCCGCAGGGCCUGUGGAUGACGAUAGACCUUUUAUUAAGAAGUCAAAUAAAUUAUCUAGGACUUGGGAAGAAGAAUAUGAAGAAGAAUACAAGGAGUUUCCUAAGAAAAAGCGGCACGUGAGCAAACACGCGCCGUCUCGCUGUUCAGCUGAAACACCGCAACAAUGGGACUCCUGGAAACGGAAAAAACGGAACGCCGAUUCUGAAAAAGCUACUGGUGGCUCGAGGGCUGAAGAAAGGGACUUGGAAGCCACAGCGUUACGUUUUAAGCAGAAUUUCGAAGUCCCAUGCACGUCUGAUUCCUACCAAGAAGGUGAGGACACAAAGUCUGCCCAAAAGAGCUUCGAGGUCUUCCCACCCCUUCAAGACAGUCAGAACCCAGAAACAGACCAAGAGAUGCAGAUAGUUGAAGACUUGCAUGUUGCUCGUGUUGAAAAUAGGAUGGCGCUGUCUGUAAUACAGACUUGUGGAGAACUUACGAGUAUGGAAAUAGAUCUUCCAGAACAGAAUUUAAAUAUUUCUGCUGAGGCUUUUACUUCUGGUCUGAACAUAUUAGUGGUGAUUGACACAAAUAUAAUGAUUAGUCACCUUGAGUUUGUCAAAUCCCUGAAAUCUGAGGACAUACCAGGGGUUGCCAGACUUGCAUUAAUAAUUCCUUGGGUCGUUCUGCAAGAGUUGGAUCACUUGAAGAAGGGGAAAGUGUUGCAGCACGUUCGGGAAAAAUCUAUCCCUGCAGUCCAGUUCAUCUACACGUGUCUCAAAAACCAAGAUUCGAAAUUGUGGGGGCAAUCCAUGCAGCUGGCUUCUCAAAAAAUGUAUGGCCUGAGUGACGAGAACAACGACGAUCGUGUUUUACAGUGUUGUCUGCAGUACCAGAACCUCUUUCCUCAAGCUGUUGUCAUACUCUGCACAGAUGAUAAAAAUUUAUGUAAUAAAGCCAUCGUGAGUGAGGUCAAGGCAUUCUCUAAAGCUGAUUUGGUUGCUGCUCUACAGAACCUGAACAUAAAUAGGCACCAGAACUGUGGUGAGCUGCCACAGCCUAAAUGUGAUGCAGAGUCCCACAAAACAGAAAGAAGUGAUGCCGGUCUCGCUGCGCCAUUCCCAAAUAUACUUCCAGACCUUGAAAAGAACUUGGGAGAAGCUUUAUCUUGUAUUUUGGAGACCGAAAUGAAAAUUGCAUUCGGGAACCUAUGGAUGGAGAUACUGUACCUGAAGCCACCGUGGACGUUAGCAAACUUGCUGAAUUGUUAUAAAAAGCACUGGAUGGCUGUUUUUGGUUAUGUUGUACCAAGGAGUUUGCUUUCAACCGUUGAAUGUCUCUAUAAACACCUUUGUACAGGUAAAACAAUCGAUUCCUCAACAGCGGGUAUCUUACUCCAGGAAUCCAAAAAAUUACUCCACGCUUUCAGUUCAAGGUCAGACUACAAUGGUGUGCUUCCCCAGGCUUACGCUGGAGUGAGCAAGCUGUGCCAAACGCUUGCAGAGGUGAGGUCAGAAAGUCAGCAGGAGUUCUCAGAAGACGUCAUGGUUCUUUCAGAAAACGCUGUGUGUGAAAAAAUGGAAGCAACGACACCAAAUCUUCAAAGCUGUGGAGAAAAAAAGUUACAUCCAAGCUUUCAUGUGGCUCAAGAAAACAGGCACCAGGAAAUCUGGUCAGUGCUUGAAGGUGUAUGGAAUACAAUAAACUUGUACAGCAACGAAAUUUUCCAAAAGUUGGACCUUAACGCCGGAACUGUGACUGCAAAGUCUUCAUUUGAAGAAGCUUUUUUAGGUUUGCAGAAGCUGUUGGCAGCUGUGAAUGAUAUCCGUGAAGGAAUUAGUAGAAUUUUGACCCCAACCAGUAGUUUCCAAGAUAUUUGGACCCUCUAUAACUUCCUGAUAAGCAACGAGCUAAACAGCAGUGUAAAAUUCUCUGCUGAGGAGCUGUACGAGUGUGUUUCACAGGAGACAUACCGGGAGCGGCUGGAGGUGGGCUGCGGCCAGCUGGCGCAGCUGGAGCACGCCGUGAAGCAGUGUCACGCCGCGGUGCACGCGGAAGCCAAGAACAGGGGCUGGCUGUGA